AAGUGGCAGUUGUGCUAUGGAAAAGGCCAUUCCUAUUUCGUUGUUUGUAGUGCUGUGUUUAUGUGAGGUUGUGUUUCCUUCUUUGGACUCGCAACCCACCCUCAUUCGUGAUAUUAGCGAAUAAGAAUAAAAAAUAUUAAAAACCCAAAAAAAUCGUAAAAACAGUGGAAAACCGCAACAUAUAUUUAAUUCAUUUCCUCUGCUUUAUUUAAUAAUUCAGAAUGAAUCCUGGAGCUCCAAAUUACCCGAUGGCGUCCCUAUAUGUAGGGGAUCUACACCCCGAUAUUACAGAAGCUUUGCUGUUUGAGAAAUUUUCUACGGCUGGACCAGUGUUAUCAAUCCGAGUGUGUCGAGACAUGAUCACUCGUAGGUCUCUCGGAUAUGCCUACGUAAACUUUCAACAGCCAGCCGAUGCCGAACGUGCUCUAGACACCAUGAAUUUUGACUUAAUAAAGGGCCGACCAAUUCGUAUUAUGUGGUCUCAACGUGACCCUUCACUUCGAAAAUCCGGAGUCGGCAAUGUUUUCAUAAAAAAUUUGGACAAGAGUAUCGACAACAAGGCCAUGUACGAUACUUUUUCUGCGUUUGGCAACAUUUUAAGUUGCAAAGUUGCUCAAGAUGAAACUGGUGCCAGUAAAGGAUACGGGUUCGUCCAUUUCGAAACCGAGGAGGCGGCAAAUAAAUCCAUCGAAAAAGUCAACGGUAUGUUGCUAAAUGGAAAGAAAGUAUAUGUGGGACGGUUCAUUCCGCGUAAGGAACGUGAAAAGGAAUUGGGCGAAAAGGCGAAAUUAUUUACUAACGUUUAUGUGAAAAACUUCGGUGAAGAGUUAUCCGAGGAGCAGCUGAGACAAAUGUUUGAGAAGUUUGGAGGAAUUACGAGCUUAAAAAUUAUGAGUAAAGACGAUGGGAAAUCACGUGGAUUUGGAUUUGUUGCGUUCGAAUGUUCGGAUUGUGCCGAAGCGGCAGUAGACGAACUGAAUGGCAAAGAAAUUCUGGAAGGUAAGCCAAUGUACGUCGGGCGCGCCCAAAAGAAGGCCGAGCGCCAACAGGAGCUUAAGCGGCGAUUUGAGCAGCUGAAAAUGGAACGCAUGAAUCGUUACCAGGGUGUCAAUUUAUACGUUAAGAAUUUAGAUGAUUCCAUUGACGACGAACGUUUGCGUAAAGAGUUCACGCCGUUCGGAACUAUUACCUCUGCGAAGGUUAUGUUAGAAGAAGGUCGUAGCAAAGGAUUUGGUUUUGUCUGCUUUUCAUCACCCGAGGAAGCGACCAAAGCUGUAACGGAAAUGAACGGUCGUAUUGUAGGGACCAAGCCAUUAUACGUCGCCCUAGCGCAGCGCAAAGAAGACAGAAAGGCGCAUUUAACUUCACAAUAUAUGCAACGAAUGGCCAAUAUGCGCAUGCACCAUCAAAUGGGCCAAUUUAUUCAACCGGGCAGUACAGGAGGAUACUUCGUGCCGACGCUACCUCAACCACAGCGAUUCUAUGCAGCUUCACAGAUGGCGCCUAUUCGCACCACACCCCGCUGGCCGGCACAGACACCCGUUCGUCCAGGCGCCCAAGCGGGUACUAACGCCUACGCAACAGGCAUGCAAAAUUCAUACCGCUCCGCACCACGUCCGCCAAGUCAAACAACUUCUUUGCGAAGCAACAUGACCGUAUCUCGACCGAUUACGGGACAGCAGCCACCCAACAUACAAGGACGUCCGCUAGCAACUCCUGGCAUUGUCGGUGGAAGUAGCCGACCUUCCAAUUACAAAUACACGGCAAACAUGCGAAACCCUCCCCAGGGCUUGGGUAACGCACCAGUACAGCAAGCCGUUCACAUUCAAGGCCAAGAGCCUUUGACCUCAUCAAUGUUAGCAUCGGCACCACCUCAGGAACAGAAGCAAAUGUUAGGAGAAAGAUUAUUCCCACUCAUUCAGAGAAUGUAUCCAGAUCUUGCCGGAAAAAUUACGGGAAUGCUUUUAGAAAUUGACAACUCCGAACUUCUACACAUGUUGGAGCAUAACGAAUCAUUGAAGGCAAAAGUGGAAGAGGCGGUCGCCGUGCUUCAGGCGCAUCAAGCCAAGCAAGCCGCCGCUCAGAUUAACAAGAAAGAAUAACUCAUUGUUUGACACAAAAAAAUGGCAAAAUGAAAAAUCGAAACUAUUCGACAUUCACUACGAAAUUUAUUGUUUUUAUUUUAGCGACAAUAACAUGGAUGUCAAAUGGCAAAAAAAAUACUUCCGCGAAUUAAAGUGGUUUUCGAUUUUACAUCCAUACGCAGUACUAAUUAACAUCUAUUGGAGAUUGCUUUAAUUCGAUGACGCGAAUUUCUUACCUCUUUUACUGAUUACGGCAGUAAUAUUCCUUAAGGAUUUAUCGUUUUAUUUCAUCCCGAUAAGAAUUUGGUGAAAUAAGUUGUUUGUAAAUUAGUACUGUUUUCUCAUUGUUACCAUUACUUAAGUUCUUUUGUACCUAUUUCUAAGAUGUAUUUGUUCGGUAUUAUUUACUGUUUUACCAUUGUAGAUUGUAGUGACUCAAUAAAUUCUUUAACAAUAA